AUGGGCAAGACUGAAGGUGAUCGGCCAGCUUAUUUGAGCUCCGAUGACGCCAAAUACUCCCUCGGUGUUCAUCGAGGACCCAUGCCCCCCGCGGGUCUAGAUGAUACCGCCAAACUUGAGCAGGUCGAGUCUGCCGGUGGCUUGUCGCUGGCCACGACGCGGACGCGCAGAGAGCGUCUAUCACGCCAUUGGAAGCGAUUCUGGUGCUGUUAUCUCAUUGGAAAUGUGAUUUUCCUCGCCAUUUUCCUGCCAGUCUUCUUCCUCGUCGCGAUCCCCGCUAUCUCUCAACUUGUUGUCAACAAGUCAGACCUCGUGCUGGUCAAGGCAUCCGUCUUGAACCCACAGCCGGACUCAAUCCAGUUGACUCUGCAAUCGGCGUUGAAUUUGAAAAUCGCCCUGCCGGUCCGCAUUGAGCCCAUUAACUUGAAUCUCUUCGUGCGCGAUAAUGGCGCCGAUAGGCCAUGGUCCAAUGUCACGAUUCCAGGCAUGACCAUCAAGGGAAACACCACCUUGGGUGUCGAGAAUAUGCACCGUCCACUUAUCGACCAGGACACCUGGGUUGACUACGUUCACUCCGUCGUGUUCAACAAGGAAUCAACCCUGUCUCUCAAGGGCACGACUAAUUCCUAUCUGGGAGUCCUAAAGUCGAAGGUCACCAUGGACAAAGACGUGACUUCGCCGACCCUCGACUCCUUCAAGGAGUUCGCACUGUCGGACAGCCAACUGGUCAUCCCUCCCCAAGCCGACGGCACAAACCUCAUCGGUAACGCCUCGCUCCCCAACCCAUCAGUUCUAACCCUCGACAUCGGCACCCUGGUCCUCGACAUCUACAGCGGCGACCUGAACCUCGGCAACGCGACCCUGAAAGACGUAACCCUCUACCCAGGCGCCAACACAUUCCCCGUGAAAGCCCAACUGGACCUCAAAACCGCAAUCUCGCACCUAAAAGAGCUCCUCAAGGACCAAGGCGCCUCCCUCCUCUCAAAUGGCAGUCUUUCCCUAAAGACUGUCACGCGCACCGUAACCUGGAACGGCACCCGAGUCCCCUACUACACGAAAGUGAUGUCGGAACUCCCGCUAAUGGCCAGCGUGCCCCUCCUCGACACGGUGAAAAACACCAUCCACGGCCUCGUCGGCUCAAACGGCAAACUGAACCUAACCAGCAUCCUGAACGCGAAUUCCAGCAGCGGCACGGGUGUCCUCUCGGCGUUGGAAGACGAGUUCGCGAAUAAGGAAAAGCGCGGUCUUCUCGCUGACGCGUUGAAGGAGAAUGUUCAUGUUAGGAAUCUUUUCGAAGACGAACAUCCUGUCAAGCGCGAUUUGAUUAUCGAUACUAUGGCUGGGAUGUACAUGAAGGCAUAG